AUGUUGCGGUUGGCAGUAAUUUUGGUCAUUUUUGCUCUAGCAGUUCCAAUUAAUGGACAGGCUCCAGGGAGCCCUGAUGAAGGAAACAAGUGUGGAGGCUGUCCUUGCAACAAUCCAUGUCCCGUGCCUUCACCGCCACCGCCGCCGCCGACACUGCCUCCACCCCCUCCGGCGCUGCCUCCGCCACCACCGCCUCCCAAGAAGCCGCCUACUCCAGCCUGCCCUCCUCCCCCUGGUUCAUCAGGCUGGCCCGUUGUGCCCACUCCACCUUCUCAGUACAUAUAUGUAACAGGUCCACCAGGGAAUUUAUAUCCUGUUGAUGCUAAUUUUUCGAGGGCUGCCCGGAGCUUCACUGUUGGAUUGCCAUUUAUAUUGCUGGCUGGAAGCAUACUUCAGCUAGCUUUGUGGUGA